CUUUUAAGCCGUCCCACGACGAGGACUCCAAAAGCAUGACCGACCCCGGGUCCUCCUAAGUCGCCUCUUCUUGCAGCAUUUUGCUGAGCGGCGCCCCAGGGACCCGUCAAGGGCCCUCCGGGAAAGCGGACGUCGCACUGUGCCCCACCCGGCCCGGCGCCGCCCAGCUCGUGCCGCGCGGGCUGCCCGGCCCCCACCCCCGGGCUGCCGCGCCCCGCUCUGCCCCGCCCGGCUCCGGCCAGCCGCGCCUGGAGACCACUGACUCUCCCUCCUGCCGCCGCCCGGCUGCGGGUCUCGCGUCCGAGCCAAAGCCGCGAAGAUAUCGGGGUCAUGUGGAGGGCUGCCCAGGCGGUGCUCGGAACCCCCAGGAUCCCCCUCCUGCCCCGGAGGUCGAUGUCCACAUCGACCCUUCACUCCCAGAAGUCCGCGGCCCUGACCGUCACGCCUAAGACUGGGCUGGCCGUCGAGCUCCUGCACGUUCAAGUGGAAGCCUUAGGCCCGAGGGAGCGGGCGACCCUGCGGCCGUCGGCCGUCAGCUUCCGAGGCCGCCCCUUCCAUUCGCUGGCGCACUACGAGGCGGACGGCCGCGGGGGCUUGGACCCGGCCAGGGCCCCGGCUGUGGGCGGCGACUUCACGGGCGUGGAGCCCAUGGGGCUCCUGUGGAGCCUCUCGCGGGUCGGCUGCGAGGAUCCCUGCUUCAACCAGGUGCCGAGGGGCGUGGUGAGAAGCCCGCUCAAAGUGGAGGUGACCGUCCACCGCGCGCCGCCGCAGCCGGCGGUGUCGCUGGGCCCGGCGCUGGCCUCCGCUCAGGUGCAGCGCUGGUUCUCCAGCCCCGAGCUGCGCCGUGCUCGGCUGCAGGCCGGCCGCCUGCGGGGCGUCUUCUUGCUGCCCCCGGGUGCGUGAGGUCUUUUCGGCAGAGGGCUGCGCAUGGAUUUGGGGAAUCGAUUUAGGAAAGCUGACUUGCUUUGCUGGCUAGUUUAUCUCCAAAAAACCAGAACGAGCGCCUUAAUUCCUUGAUUUUGUCUCCCUAGACUCAGGUGGGACAGUCACUCUCCCAAAUGGUGAUUGGGAUUUAAAUUUAAUCUGCUCGGGAACCUCUGUUCUGCCAGCUGCCGCCCCCUUUAAGCUCCUAGUGCUGCCCGCGCUAUUCCUUGCGAGCAUCUCUGCUGUAGUAAGCACAACGCUGGGGUACAGUUUCUAGCCUUAAGUAUUUGGUUUACCUCUGUAGUAGGCGGAGCUUUGUGUUCAUUUGACGUUUCCAGUUAUUCCUUGUAAAAAUGACGAGAAUAGUGGAUCCAGAUCUUUCACUGGUAUCGGUUCAAUCUCCAACGUAACUGAAGUC